CACCCCGCCCCGCCGGGAAAACGCGAGCCGUCGCCUCGCUCCCCAAACCGCCGCCUGCCCUCGGCCAACCGCCCCCAACGGCCGCCCGCGCGCGGUUCGCCGGGCCCCCUCGCUCCUCCCCUCAGGCCCCCAGAGCGCUCCCCUCCCGCCGCCUCGCACUCUCCCACCUCGCAGUCACGCCGCUGCUCGGGGCCGCCAUGCCCCUGCCGCAGGCUGUCCACGGGCCUAGGCGCGGCGGCCCGAGAUAGGGUCUCCUCCGCCUCCCGGGGGAGGAGAAAGGGAGCGGGCCGCGCGCUCCGCCCCCUCCCCCCGGGCUGCCGCCGCCACCGUCGCCACCACCCCCUCGCCGCCUCAGCCUGGCGGGGAGGAGGAGGAGGAGGAGGAGCAGCAGGCCUCCGGGCCCUGGCACCGCCGCCCGCAGGACAUUCUGAUUCAUUUGCAUCCUUGAAGAGCAUCGGUAGAAGAGGAAGGAAAAGAUGGGUGUGAAAACAUUUACUCAUAGCUCCUCUUCCCACAGCCAGGAAAUGCUUGGAAAGCUAAAUAUGCUUCGAAAUGAUGGACAUUUUUGUGAUAUCACUAUUCGUGUCCAGGACAAAAUCUUCCGGGCACAUAAGGUGGUACUAGCAGCUUGCAGUGAUUUCUUUCGCACCAAACUUGUAGGCCAAGCAGAGGAUGAGAACAAGAAUGUGUUGGAUUUGCAUCAUGUCACAGUGACUGGCUUUAUACCCCUUUUAGAAUAUGCUUACACAGCCACUCUGUCAAUUAACACAGAAAAUAUCAUUGAUGUUCUAGCUGCAGCCAGCUAUAUGCAAAUGUUCAGUGUUGCUAGCACCUGCUCAGAGUUCAUGAAAUCAAGCAUUUUAUGGAAUACACCCAACAGCCAACCAGAAAAGGGUCUAGAUGCUGGACAAGAAAAUAACUCUAACUGCAAUUUUACGUCUCGAGACGGAAGCAUUUCUCCAGUGUCUUCAGAGUGCAGUGUGGUAGAAAGAACCAUUCCUGUUUGCCGAGAGUCGAGGAGAAAGCGCAAAAGCUACAUUGUUAUGUCUCCUGAAAGUCCUGUGAAGUGUAGCACACAAACAAGUUCUCCACAGGUAUUGAAUUCUUCAGCUUCCUACUCAGAAAAUAGAAAUCAACCAGUUGACUCUUCUCUAGCUUUUCCCUGGACUUUUCCUUUUGGAAUUGAUCGAAGGAUUCAGCCUGAUAAGCUUAAGCAAGCAGAAAAUACCCGGACUUUAGAAUUACCUGGCCCAUCUGAGACAGGUAGAAGAAUGGCUGAUUAUGUGACUUGUGAGAGCACAAAAACUACCUUACCUCUGGGUACCGAGGAAGAUGUCCGGGUCAAAGUAGAAAGGUUAAGUGAUGAGGAGGUCCAUGAGGAAGUAUCCCAGCCUGUCAGUGCAUCCCAGAGUUCACUGAGUGACCAGCAGACAGUGCCAGGAAGUGAACAAGUCCAGGAGGACCUUCUGAUUAGUCCACAGUCUUCCUCUAUAGGUUCAGUAGAUGAAGGCGUCACUGAAGGGUUACCUACACUGCAGAGCACUUCUAGCACCAGUGCUCACGCAGACGAUGAUGAUCGAUUGGAAAAUGUUCAGUAUCCCUACCAACUCUACAUUGCUCCUUCCACCAGCAGCACAGAACGGCCAAGUCCAAAUGGUCCAGAUAGACCUUUUCAGUGUCCAACAUGUGGGGUGCGAUUCACCCGUAUUCAGAACCUGAAACAGCACAUGCUCAUCCACUCAGGAAUUAAACCAUUUCAGUGUGACCGCUGUGGGAAAAAGUUCACCAGGGCUUACUCGCUAAAGAUGCAUCGCCUAAAGCAUGAAGGUAAACGCUGUUUCCGGUGCCAGAUAUGUAGUGCCACUUUCACUUCCUUCGGGGAAUAUAAACACCACAUGAGGGUUUCCCGGCACAUUAUCCGCAAGCCUCGGAUUUACGAGUGCAAAACAUGUGGCGCCAUGUUCACCAACUCUGGAAAUUUAAUCGUGCACCUGAGGAGUCUGAACCAUGAAGCGUCAGAGCUAGCAAACUACUUCCAGAGCAGUGAUUUCCUAGUACCGGACUACUUAAACCAGGAGCAAGAAGAGACCCUUGUUCAGUAUGAUCUUGGAGAACACAGUUUUGAAAACAACUCCUCUGUCCAGAUGCCUGUAAUUUCACAGGUCUCCUCGACCCAGAAUUGUGAAAGCACUUUUCCCUUGGGGUCUCUUGGUGGGCUGACAGAAAAAGAGGAGGAAAUGCCAGGGCAGCCAAAGACCAGUGCUUGUGCCGAGGCAACCAGAGAGGACCCCCCAAAAUCAGAGCUGUCUUCUGUAACUAUUGAGUAAUUUCAUGGUUUGGCUUCAUUUUUGAUUUUUGGAAAGUGCCUGUGCUUGGUCUUGUACAUUUGAAUUUAAUUUAACUUUUUAAGCAAAAAAGGGUUUGGGAAAGAAUUUCCCUUUUUACUUUGUAAGUUCUGCAACUGAUGUUUUAUUUUUCAUGACUGAGAGAUUGCUUCUGUAAGUGCACAGUAACAUGGUGUUGAAAUAUAAUAGAAACCUUGAGACUUAAGGAGAACCAGCUGACUUAAAACUGGUAUCAGUUUCCUCUUCCAUUAUCAGGAGUAGGCUAACAACAGAUCACUAGGUCAAGAAGGAAUCCGGUGAUCAUUGACCUUCCUGAAGUGAAAGCGUACACCAGAGACAUAUUACAGAACGAAUCUGGCAGAUGGCCUGAAUAGAUGUUUACUCCUAUACACAGGAUAUUGUACAGUCUUUUGUAAAGCCUGUUGUUUUUGGAAGUAUUUAUGGUGAGCUUUCUUAAAAAUUAUUAGGGUAUAUACUUCUGAAAUCCCAUGUGUUUUGUGUUUUUUUUUUUUUUAAGCUUUGUCACUAUAAUUUUUCAUGGUGAAAAUUUGGUAUUGGGAUAGGUAUUCCCUGUACCUUUGUAGUACCACUCCUCCAAAUAAUCUUUCUUCUGUGAAAGAAGGGGAAGAACCAUGGUUAAGGAUAGUCAACUUGUGCGUGAAAUGACCAGGAACAGAGAAUAUAGUGUGUGAAUCGGCUUCAUAGGGACUCUUUCAUACUGCUUUUCUGGAUAAAAUUACUGUUUACCUGGUCUUUGAAUGUUAAUGCCUGGCUAAUUGGGUCAUUGCCUAAAUCAGUUUUCUCUUGCCUAUACUUGGCAUGAUCCCAUGAAAAGGAGAUAUACUGGAGAUGUUCUAUAUUUUAUACAUAGGUUUGUGUAUUGUUGAGGAUGUUUUUAUUCUGCUGUUUUGGACAAAAUAAAGAAUUCUCUGUUAAGGCUAUAUUCUUAACCCAACUGCGAUUGUUUACAAAAUACCCAUAUGACAGUGAUAAAUUGUCCUUAUUCCAAAAUAUUUUAAGACAUUGCCAAAUGUCAUAUUAAAAGCAGUUAGGAUAGUUUUUACGCAAUGUAAGCAAUAAUGUAGAAGUAGAGGAGAGUCUAUAAAAUGAUGAUCUAUGACUCAAAUCUAUUUGGGGAAAAAAAGGAUUGUUAAGACUAAAGAAAAACUAAAAACCUUAAAUUAAUGACUAUUACCUCUUGCUGCUAAAAAAAGAAAAGAAAAGAAAGAAACUUCCUGGUUUAUAGUUGAAAUAUAUAUGAUACUCUAGACUGGAAUAUACGUUUUUACCUGGUGCCAUUAAAGCAUCAUUGACCUUGAUCCUAAAUAUUCAUGAGUCCAUGAACAAUGAUCUUUUGAGUAACUCUUUUUUUCUAUGUAUAUACCCAAAGUUUAAUAAUUAUGAAAACACCUGAUUAGGUUAGAAAAAGAAAAUACAGUUUCUUAUUCAAAACACAAGAUCUCAGUUUUGUCUGGGUGCUAGUCGUUAAUAAUAAAAUUUUUCUAAGUUAUAGUGAUUUGUUUCAUUUUUUUUUUUAAUUGGCUAAUUCUGUAACUUCUUUUAUCCCCUACAAAUGUAAAGGAAGGGAAAGUGAACUCAUUGAAGAUUUUUUUUAGGCUAAUGUUCUUUCUGUCUGUUUGAAUAUUCUGCUAUUUUUAACUUGUUUCCAACUCCUUUUCUCACUCAUGAACCUGUUGUUUCCUCUUUGCUCCCAAAGAUAGGUAUAGUACCUUCAGGAAAAUCGACAUGCACAGAUUAUGAUGGCCUCCCAUUAUUUAUGCUUCUUUACUAAUAGGUUGAAUUACUUUCUUCAACAGACUGUGAUACUAAGAGCGGUACUGCUGUGUCUCAGCUGGAAAGGUCAGGAAUUUUUAUUUUUAAUGUAAUAUAGAUCCUUUGGAAACUGUUAUGCCUACCAGUAGAUAAAUCUCAAAAGUUAAUUUUAAAAUCUUAAUGGAGAAAACAAAGAAUCGGUAAAAUUAUGACCAGGAGUCAUUGUUGCCCUCAGUUCUAAGAGUUAUUUUUUUAAAAAAGAAGAAGGAAGGAAGAAAAGGAGGAAAGAAAUAGGGUUAAUGAGAAGAAAUAUAUCAGAACCAUUUGGAGAUUUGUGGGUUGAAAGUGUUUUAGCACACCCCCGUCCUGAGAAUUUUGUAUUAAGAGAGUCCUACACAGUUUUGGCAGCUCUGAGGUGUUCUGUGUUCUCAGAAUGUAGGAUUGACCACCAUCACUGGCUAUUUUUUCCCAAAUGGAAACUUUAGAUUUUCAUUGGUAAUUACAAAUUAUACAGAUUUCCAAGUUUUAUGAAACAUUUGAAUCUACUGUGAAAAUGCCGAUUGUUGGUUGUCUGCUCCCCAAAUCUUAUCAAUACAGGUAACUAGUACUUAACAUGUGAUAUAAACAGAGUCCUUUUUUUUCUAUUUCAGUGAGGCUCUUCAUUUUUCUUGAUACACAGUUUAGGGAUACUUAGCUUAUGGAUCUGUUUUAGGAAACUAAGCUAUGAGGGAUAAUUGUAUAUAGUGCUAUUUAGAUUUAUUUAAAAUUCCUCUAAGAGAAGGAUGCCUGGAUGUAUAAUUUUUACCAGAAUAUAUGGAAAACAUUGCAGAGAGAUGAAAGCCAGUUAUAUUAUCUCAUCCAUUAGAAAUUACCAGUAUAACUAAACAUAAAAAAAUUCCAGUUUAGAAUACUUUAGCAUAGCUAUCUUUCUGAAAGGCCCAAGGAGGGGUAACUUUGUUAAAGGGCUUAAAUUUUAGGAUGCAAGAUAAAUUGCCUUUUUAAACCAAGUAUUUUAUAUAAGAAAAGCAUUUAUUUUUCAUUUUAAAGCUACCAAAUAGGUAUGAUAUACAUACUUUAGAAAUGAGCAAAGAUGUUUGCUGUGAUACUGGAUAUUACAGCUCCUGCAGUCAUUCUUUCCAUUUUUAAGGGUGUAUUCUAACAGUGGAAGUAUCUAGCAUGUCAGUGAUUGUACUAAUUCAGAAACGAAAGCAUUAAUACUUGUUUUCAUUUUUUUGAAUUUUAAGUUCGAGAAAGGGAUGCAGAUGGAGUUAUCACCCACAAAUGUAUUUAAAUGGAUGUUUCUUACUUUGAAUUUAAAGUAACCUUCUUAAUUUUCAUUUUAAAUAAUUAGUUAUAUAUUUAGUUACAUUGCCAGUUUUUAAAGUUCUCACUUUCAGUGAGGCAAAAGUGUACUAAAGUGUUUAAAUAGCUUCAUUCAUUCUUACAUUUUAACAUUUCAGCAACCAUUCUGGCUUACAGAACUUACAUUCUGGUUCCAUGUUAUGACACAUGCCCUUCGGUUUUCAAAACAAAAAAAACUUCCAUUUUGUUAAAAUAUGUUACCAAGUGGAAUGAACCAGCCAGCACAUCUAAUAUACUUAUCAUUGGUAACUCUGUUACCUUCUAACUACUGAGCCAGUCUCUCCGGAUGUGUAAAUGGUUCCCUGGGAGCCUUUGGAAGUUGUAUUAAGUCUUUUCGGUCUUUUAUUUUAUCUCUUAUUAUUUUUUAUUCUCAUAAUCUAAAUAGAGACGAGUUAUCUAGCUUAGUGGCUUUUAUUCUGAAGAUUCUCAGAUCAUGGUUUAGUUUCUUUUAGCUUCGUAGCCCCUGAGAAAUACAUUACUUUAUAAGGUAGUGGCAGUUGGUACUAGUAUACCACAUGGAGAGAAUUAUUCUUAUUACUUGAUGAAUGAACAAUCCUAAAAUUAUAAUAUUGUACCCGAAAGGGCUUUGAGAUUUAAGGAAUUGAUGAAGAGAAUUAAAACUUUUGUGUGGCACUUACUCUAUUUUCACCUGUCUCGAAAAUGUGAAGCUCUGGAGUAUACAACUAAGUGAGGGAGAAUAGUUUUCUAGUUAUUAAUAUUAAUUGGGAGGGAAAAAACUAGUAAAGUUCACAUCUGGAAGCGACCCAAAGUUGCUAAAAGGUAGGAGAUGUGGUUUUCAGUGUAAGUUAUUGACAUAAGAUGAUUUAUUUAUAAUAUAUUUCGAUUUUGAAAGUUACUGAGAGAAGCAUGUAUACAAACAAGAUUUUCUUUUCUAAAUCAGUGGUACAGAAUGGGGGGUGCUCAAUUACAUUAACCAUGUCUAUGAGGAAUAUUUAUAGCUAAGCAUACUCCUCCCAGGCUUGAGGCUCAAAUCGUCAAAAUUUAAGUUAUUCCGUAUUUUGUCUAUACCCUUUUUUAUCUUUCAGUGUCAUUUUUGCUUGACAACAUGUUGGUGACCAUAGGGUAUUUUUAUUUGGAAGGUCCUCAGCAAGACUAAUUUGCCAAAAGCAAUAAUGGUUCACAUUAACAAUGAAGUAGAGUUGAACCAAUUUCCAGGUUCAACUAAGGAGCAGACAGUCUAUGGGUAUUUCAAUUUUAGAUUAUAAAUAUGUUGAGAUUUAUUAAUGGGGAGUUAAGCCUAUGUCAGAUUAUGGGAUGAAGACUCUUAGUGACAUCAUAGUUGUACUUUUUUUUUUUUUUAACUUCAUACUUGACACAGAUAUUUCUACUACAUCAUAGUGAUUAUAUUUUUAUGAUUAAAAAGAAGUAAUAGUUCCAUAUCUUUACAAAUAGCCUCUGCAGAGAUGUCAGGAGAUGAUGUUACUGGCAUCUCAACUUGGCAGUAUCCAAAAAUUGAGACUGCCUUCAAGUGUAUAUGCUACUUUGGUUAUAUAGCUCCCUCUGCAUAGGGGCCAGGCCAGUUCCAACUAAUACCAAGGUUCUUAUGUACAUAAUAGUUUUCGAAGAAUUUAAGGGUUCAGACCAUUGGUUGAAAACAAAAAACUUUAAAAAAAAUUUUUUAAAGACUUAAAAAUUUUAAAUUUCCGUUUGAAGUGCCUGGUUUAUAAAAUCUGAUUCUUUGAUGAUUGCCUUUCUCUUUUAAACGGACUGAUUUUGCUGAGUAAACUUAAAGCCCCAGGCUCAAUUGUAAUGAUUUAUUGAUAAAAUUGCUGCUUGAUGGUUUGAGGUUCUACAGUGUCGUGACUUUUAUUAAAUUGUCCCCGUUUUCCCAAAUACCGGUCUAACCAUAUCCAGAUUUCAUUAUUCAAUUAAACAGGUUUAAAAAUCACCCUGUAAACGAAUGUUCAGGUUACCAGAGUACAUCGUCUGCUGAGGAAGGAUCAGUCUUCCCUACAUUAAGAGGAGCCGUCAUCUCCUCUAAACACAUGCUGUUUCCUUGGUAUUAGUGGAUGCUGUGUUCAUUUAAAGAUGGGAAGCCUUUCUUGCAGUUCCUAGAAACACCUGCUUUUUCUAGAAAGAACCUUUUCUAUGAUUAGGUUAUAAUUGUGUUUUCUCUAAGAGCUUUCUUUUAUUUCAGUUAUCAGUUUUCAAGUUGACAAAUGCUAUGUAAAGUCUCUCAUACUGAGAGUGGUCCAUUAAAUUACUGAAAGUUACACUGCUGUUCAUCUUUCAGGUGCCUGAAAUGAAUGCCAUCGGGUGAUCAGGAGUGAGAUCAUAAACUUUAUUCAUUUUCUUCCUUAUACAAAGUGAUGGCUUCUAAUGCUUAUAUUUCAAGAUAUUUUUUAAAAAGACAACAGUCUCUUGUAGAGUAAAAUUUGAUUUCAAUCCAGGUCCCAAUAAUAUAUUUGAUUUUUCUGUUGUUGCUGGUGCCUCCUGUUGCAUCAGAUAGAGAUUGCCUGCCUCUUUGUAGGGCACCCUUGUGGCACCUUAUGUCCAAUUGGAAGAUAGUAUAUGGCUUCUUUGUGCCUCUGCUAUCUUUUCAAAAGCCAUUUUAUAAAAAUCCUAGGUAGCCUAUUUUAAUAUUUAAAUAUAUAUAUUUGUGAGAGAUACUUUUAGAACAGACUUUUUCUUUUUACUUUAAAUAUCCUGUAUUCCCAUUUUUAAGAGUAAAUGUAAACUUUCCAGGAUUUGAACUUGUCUUUUUCCACAGCAGCAUAAUGAAAAGUCGAUUUGAGACAAUAGACCAUAAUUCAGUGAUAGAAGAAAUUAAUGUCUGAUUCAAGGAAACAGACGUGAAGGGAAAAAAAAUUGUUUUGAUGUAACAGAAAUCACUUUUUAAAUAAAAUUGUUUUAGUUUCUGUAAUUUUGUAUUUGCUGCUAUAGUAGCUCAAUAUUUUACAGAGCUAACAUAUAAAUCCGGCUCCAUUCAAAAACUGGAGUACUUUCUAGUACAACCAGCCUAGGAGGAAGGCGUGUAUGUACCACAGUCUUCCAGAUGGGUGACUGGCGGUCCUGUUUAGCUAAUGAACGCAUGCUUUAAAAUUCACCUAUAGCCCAACAUCAAGGAAGUUUGGGAGAAACUUUUAUCUUGCUAGUUACAGCAUUAUGAUUCUUUUUGGGCAGCGGCAUUUGGUGAAACCCUUGGGGGAGGGAAGGUGAUGCUGGGGAAGAAAUGUGAAUUAAAUCAUGUGGAAGGGUGUUGUCACGUCUUCUACCCUCUCCUAGAACCAGUACAACUUUCUUACCUGUGACAGGCCCAAGUUCACCAGCUUUGUAUCCAGUUAUCAUCUCCUUCAAGUUUGGCUUUACUUGGUUACAGUGGCCAUAGCUAAGUUAUUUGGCAUGUUUGACUUUCAACAGUAACAAAAAUGGUUUUGGAUUUGUUUUAUUUCCUAAAAAUGUAUACAGUGUCAGAACUUCACAUUUUAUAUACUAGUAUCUGGCUAUGCGUACUUUACAGGAACCAUAGUUCUUGGUGACUACAUACAUAUAUAUAUUUUUGUGACUUUUUUGUAUACUAAGUGCCGUUUCAAUGUUACAAUCAUUUUUAGAGUUAUUGUAAUCACUGUGAAUAUCAUGUUUUUUCAAAUAU